AUGGCUGGCAUCGCAAGCCUCUGUCUUGUGACCUUCUGGCUCGCCCUCUUCGGCCUUGUGGCUUCUAUCCCGGUCGCUGAUUCCUCUGGCCCGAUCCUGAAUCGUGGCCAGGAUGUGUUCUCCAUUCCUCUGGAGCACAAGAUCCCCGAGACGCGUCAACAUCCCUCCUUGGAGUACUACAAGACCCUCAGCAAGUACAAGAUUCCCAUCCCCGACCGUCUGGCAAAGGUUGUUUCGAAGCACCUCAAUCUGACCAAUUCACCAGAGGGAAGCAUUCCAGCAAUCCCCAUAGUGGGCGAUCUUGAGUGGCUCGCUCCGGCAAGCAUCGGCACGCCGCCCCAGCAGCUGUAUCUGGACUUCGACACGGGCUCUGCAGAUACCUGGGUCUUUUCCACCGACACCCUCAAGUCCAUGGUGCGAGGCCAGACGUUGUACGACCCCACCAAGUCAAAUACUGCAAUUCUGGUCCCCAACUGCACCUGGUCGAUCAUCUACGGCGACUUCUCCUCUUGCGAAGGCGUCGUGUACAAGGAUACAUUCAGCUUGGGAGCUGUAUCAAUCCCUAACAUGACGAUUGAGUCCGCCGAAUCGGUGUCAUCGUCCUUCGUCAGACGGAAGGAGAUGUCUGGGCUCGUGGGACUGGCCUGGUCAACUCUGAUAGAAACAGACCCACCCCAGCCGGGAUUCCUAGACUUCCUUCCUGGGGCCCUACGACAUCCGCUCUUCACGACCGACUUGAGACACAACAGCAGUAAAGGUUCUUGGAAUUUCGGGUACAUUGAUGACGAGCUGCAUGGUUCUGAUAUCGAGUACAUCGACAUUGACAACUCCGAUGGCUUCUGGUCCGUCAAGAUGAACGGCUUCGCUGUCGGAGGCUCACCCUUCCGCUAUGAGUUCAAUAGCCCCCCCACUGUCAUCCUCGACACCGGAACCACGCUGUUCUAUGCUCCGGACCAUGCCGUUGAUCAGUAUUUCCAGUCAGUGGCAGGCGCUAACUUCUCAUAUGAGGAAUUCGGCUACACCGUCCCGUGUAACUCGACUCCGCCAGACUUCACGUGGGAGCUCGGUGACGCCAGCGGAAACAUCAUCACAGGUACUAUACCUGGUGCUUACAUGAUCUACGCCAUGCUAGACGAGGGUCAAUGUUAUGCGGGCUUACAGAGUCUGGGCGGCUUCUCAUCUCUACAAGGCAUCUUCGGCGACGUAUUCCUGAAGUCGGGAUUCCAAGUGUGGGACGUGGGCAAGAAGCGCUUCGGGUCCGCGCCCAAGCUUCUGGACGUCGAUAUCAGCUUCGACACCAAGAUGCGUCAAUACCACAGCAGGAAGACUGUAUACUUGUGA